AUGUCCCCGCACAGCCAUGCCGAUACGACCACGCCUCCCGCCCCGGUGCCGCCGCCGGGGAGCCGGACCGCCGAGGGCACGCACCUGAUGCACCGAUCCCUCAAGGUCGAGCCGGCCAUGGUCGAGUCCGCCUCGAGACUCACACUGCACCUCUCCGACGGGCGCGCCGUGCUCGACGCGUGCGGCGGCGCGGCCGUGGCCAUCAUCGGCCACGGCAACGACGAGGUCGCCAAGGCCAUGGCCCGGCAGGCCGCCCGCGUCAGCUACGUGCACACGCAGUCGUACACGACGCCGGCCGCCGAGGACCUGGCCAACUUCUUGCUCGAGGGGAGCCCGCACGGGCUGGAGAAGGCCUUCUUCGUGUGCAGCGGCAGCGAGGCCGUCGAGGCGGCGCUCAAGCUCGCACGGCAGUACUUUUACGAAAAGGGCGAGACGCAGCGCGUGCACUUUGUGUCCCGGAAGCAGAGCUACCACGGGAACACGAUGGGGUCGCUGUCCGUCUCCUCGAACCUGGCCCGCAAGGUGCCGUAUCAGGAUUUUGGAUACCAACACGUCUCGCAUGUCUCGCCCGCCUACGCAUACCGGUAUAAGCGAGACGGGGAAACUAUGGAGGAUUUCACCACGCGUCUUCUGGAAGAGCUCGAGACCGAAUUCUUGUCCGUCGGGCCGUCGAGGGUCAUCGCCUUCAUCGCCGAGCCUGUCGGCGGCGCCACGGCCGGAUGCUUGCCGCCGCCGCCGGGAUACCUGCGCGGCGUUCGCGCCCUGUGCGACAAGUACGGCAUCCUCCUGAUCCUGGACGAGAUCAUGUGCGGCACCGGCCGCUGCGGGACGUACUUUGCCUUUGAGCAAGAGGACGGCGUGACGCCGGACCUCGUGACGGUGGCCAAGGGCCUCGGCGGCGGCUACUGCUCCAUCGCGGCCGUGCUCGCCCACAAGCGCGUCGUGGACGUGCUCCGCCGGGGCACCAGCUCAUUCAACCACGGGCACACGUACCAGGCGCACCCGAUCGCCUGCGCGACCGCGCUCGCUGUGCAGACGAUCGUGCGCCGGGACGGCCUCGUGGCGCGGUGCGCGGCCAUGGGCAGGCUUCUCGAGGCGAAGCUGCGCGCGGCGCUCGCGGGGUGUCCGUCGGUGGGCGACGUUCGCGGCCGGGGCCUCUUCUGGGCCGUCGAGUUUGUCAGGGACAGGGAGACCAAGGAGACGUUCGAUCCGGCGGUCACGUUCGGCAUCAAGGUCCAGCAGACGGCGUUCGAGGGAGGCGUGGCGAUCUAUCCGGGCUGGACGACGGUGGACGGCACAAAGGGGGAUCACAUCUUGCUGGCGCCGCCGUUUACCGUGACGGAGGAGGAGCUGGAUACUAUUGUCCGGGUAUUGAAGGAGGCUAUCACAACUCAAGAACGGAUACACAUGUAA